UAGUGCCUGUUCAAAGGUAAAGCAAACCAUAUACAGCAAUGUGCAGCCUUCAAAUUCCAACCUGUUAUGGGAUCCAGAGUUCAUGUUGGAUUUUAUUGAGAAUCCUUCUGCUCACAGCAUCAACUACUCAAUGCUAGGCAAGAUCCUGAGUGAUAAUGCAGCUAAUCGCUACAGCUUUGUCUGUAAUUCACUUAUGAAUGUAUGCAUGGGACAUCAAGAUGCAGGGAGAAUUAAUGAUAUAGCAAACCUCUGUGCAGAGCUGACAGCAUGCUGCACAAUGCUGAGCUCAGAAUGGCUGGGGGUUCUGAAAGCUCUUUGUUGCUCUUCAAAUCAUGUCUGGGGUUUUAACGAUCUGCUUUGCAGUGUGGAUGUGAGUGACCUUUCAUUCCAUGAUUCCCUGGCUACUUUCAUCGCUAUACUAAUAGCUCGGCAGUGUUUUUCUCUGGAGGAUGUGGUUCAGCAUGUUGCGCUUCCUUCUCUUCUUGCAGCGGCUUGUGGGGAUCCAGAUGCUGAACCUGGGGCAAGAAUGACUUGUCGACUUCUGCUUCAUCUCUUUAGAACACCCCAGGUCUACCUGUUUUCACAAGCAACAGGGAAGUCAUUCCCAGGCAUUCGCUCUUCUUGUGACCGUCACCUCUUAACUGCUGCUCACAACAGCAUAGAAGUGGGAGCUGUGUUUGCUGUCCUAAAAGCAAUUUUAAUGCUUGGUGAUGCUGAAAUUGGCAGCAGCAGUAUCAACUCCUUGAAGAAUGAAGACUUCAGUAUGAGAGGUUUAUUAGAUGACCUUGAUGAUGAUGAAAUUUGGGGUGCCUCCCACACAUUGACAUCAUGUGGAAAAGCUAUUUCAAUCGAAACUGCUAGUCUAAGUGAAUAUGCUAGAUAUGUGCUAAGAACUAUUUGUCAGCAGGAAUGGGUGGGAGAACACUGCUUAAAAGAACCUGAGAGGUUAUGUACAGACAAAGAUCUUAUACUCGACCCUGUUCUCUCAAAUAAGCAAGCACAAAAACUACUGCAACUUAUUUGUUAUCCUCACGGGAUUAAAGAAUGCACAGAGGGUGACAAUCCUCAAAGGCAGCACAUCAAGCGCAUACUUCAGAACUUAGAUCAAUGGACUCUCAGGCAGUCUUGGUUGGAACUACAGCUGAUGAUCAAACAGUGCAUGAAAGAGCCUGGUUCUGGGUCUGUGGCUGAAAUGAACAGCUUGUUGGAUAAUAUUGCAAAGGCGACAAUAGAAGUGUUUCAGCAAUCCGCUGAUCUAAACAAUAACUCUUCUAACUCUGGUAUAGGCCUCUUCAAUCCAAACUCUGUUGGAAAUGCUGACACAAGUAAUACAAGACAGAAUGGUAAAAAGACAUUCUUAAGUUCCUCUGAACGUCGAGGAGUAUGGUUGGUGGCUCCCCUGAUUGCAAAACUACCUACCUCAGUUCAAGGUAGAGUGUUGAAAGCAGCUGGAGAAGAGCUAGAGAAAGGUCAGCAUUUGGGAUCAUCCUCAAAAAAGGAACGAGACAGACAGAAGCAAAAGAGCAUGUCUCUGUUGAGUCAGCAACCUUUCCUUUCUUUGGUACUUACAUGCCUUAAGGGACAGGAUGAACAACGGGAAGGGCUUCUAACAUCACUGCAAAACCAAGUUAAUCAGAUCCUAAGUAACUGGAGGGAAGAACGAUAUCAGGAUGAUGUUAAAGCUAGGCAGAUGAUGCAUGAAGCCUUACAACUACGUCUUAAUUUGGUGGGUGGAAUGUUUGACACUGUGCAGAGAAAUACACAAUGGACUACAGACUGGGCCCUUCUGCUUCUUCAGAUAAUUACUUCAGGAACUGUCGAUAUGCAAACCAACAAUGAAUUAUUCACAACGGUGCUUGAUAUGCUCGGUGUUCUGAUCAAUGGAACCUUAGCUUCUGAUCUAUCAAAUGCAUCCCAGGGUGGGUCUGAAGAGAACAAAAGAGCAUACAUGAAUUUAGUGAAAAAGUUGAAAAAAGAAUUAGGAGACAAGCAUUCAGAAAGUAUUGACAAAGUUCGCCAGCUGCUACCUUUGCCAAAACAGACAUGUGACAUUAUUACUUGUGAACCAAUGGGAUCUUUGAUUGACACGAAGGGAAACAAAAUUGCAGGAUUUGACUCCAUAGAUAAGAAACAGGGCCUUCAGGUAUCAACAAAACAGAAGGUGUCCCCUUGGGAUUUAUUUGAGGGACAUAAAAAUCCUGCUCCUCUCUCCUGGGCUUGGUUUGGUACGGUUCGUGUUGAUAGGAAAGUAAUAAAAUACGAGGAGCAGCAGCAUCUUCUGCUAUACCAUAUGCAUCCAAAACCCAAGCCAAGAAGCUACUACCUCGAGCCAUUACUGCUACCUCCAGAAGAGGAAGAGGAAGAGCCUACUACACCUGUCUCUCAGGAACCAGAAAGAAAAUCAGCAGAGCUGUCAGAUCAGGGAAAACCUAACACAGAUGAUGAAAAGAAAUCAAAAGGCAGGAAAAGAAAGACUAAAUCAAAUUCAAGAGCUGAUGAAUAUCCACAGAAUAACAUAUACAGAGUGCCUCCCACUUAUUCACCAAUUUCCUCUCAGAUGAUGCACCAUCCCCAGUCUGCCCUGUGGGGCUAUAACAUUAUGGGACAGCCACAGCAGCCAGGUUUUUUUGUUCAGAACCAGCCCCUCCCACCAGGUGGUUCUAGAUUGGACCCUGCUGGCUCCUUUGUUCCAACUAAUACAAAACAAGCCCUGUCUAACAUGCUGCAGAGGCGUUCUGGCACCAUGAUGCAGCCACCCUCCAUACAUGCAAUUACAUCUCAGCAGCAGUUGCUUCAGAUGAAACUCCUGCAACAACAGCAGCAGCAGCAACAGCGACUACUCAGGCAGCAAACCCAGACAAGAACUUUCCAACAGGGCCAGCCAAUAGACCAAGCUGCUAUUUUCACUCAACAAGUACGACCUUCUUCCCAGCUUCCACAGUAUCCAGGGUUACAGCAGGCACAGACAAUGCCUCAUGGAUACACAAUGUACAGUACUCAGAUGCCUUUGCAACAACAGCAGCCUGGUGGUGUUGUGCUUUCCCCCAGCUACAACCCUAGAACUUAUCCAGCAACCCAUUCGAAUCCAAGUCUAAUAGAAAGACUGAGACAGAUGCAACAGCAGCCAAGUGGGUACAUUCAACAGCAAGCUGCUGCCUACCUUCAGCCUUUAACAGGCACUCAAAGACUGACUCAUCAGCCUUUGCAGCAGAGUUCCUUGGUUGGAGGGGCACUUGAAAAUGUACCAUCCACAGCUCCCCACCCUAACCUUAACUCAGUACAGCUGCCUCAGGAACAGAUGAGACAGAGACAGCAGCAAAUUCGACAACAGCGACUCCUUCAGUUACAGCAGCAGCAACAGCAGGGUCAGCAGCAGGCCCUUGGUCUCCAAGCAAUGCCACCACAGCAACCUUUGUUUCCAAGACAAGGCUUGCAGCAGACUCAGCAGCAACAGCAGACAGCUGCUUUAGUCAGACAACUCCAGAAACAGCUCUCUAGUAACCAGCCACAACAAGGAGUGAAUCAAUAUGGGCAUCCUUCACACUUCUGAAUCUGGAAGACAGGAACAAGAUGUAGUGUUAUGUUUGCACUGAAGAAUAGAAACAAAUCAAAAUUCAAUGCACUAGUUAUUGCUAGAAAGCAAGUUUUAAUUUUUUUUCUUUAUUUUCAAUACUUAUUUUUUGUGCUGCAAUUGAUGUGAAUAAGUAACAAAAGUGAAAGGUUUUUCUUUUGCAUUUAACUAGAUUUAAAUGUAUGGAUUUGUGGGCCUAUUUAAGGAACAUUGUUGUUGCAAAUUAUAUGAAUUUGGUGCUUUUUUAGGGUACUGUUACUUUUAAAGAGGAUAAAGAAUGCUGGAUUUUAUUUAUUGAUGAGGAAACAUUUUUUUUUUUUUUUUUUUUUUUUUUUUUAAAGAACUGUACUGGACCAAACUACUGAAUUGAAAGGCACUUCUGAUUCUGGCAUAAAGGUUCCUUUGUUCAUUAAAAUGUUCACCUCUUAGUUCUCUGACAGUAGGACAAUUAUUGAUUUAAAUUAUGUUAAUUUUGACUGUUUGUAAUUUUCAUAAGCACUUUAUAUAAAGUCCUUUGGUUAAAAGUACCAUUUUUCUCUUGCUUUCAUUGUGGUAAGAAGGUGCUGAAGUGGGUUUCUUGCUUGUAUUAGAACUUCUUAAGGUUUAUAUAAAAGCCACAAUGUAUCAUUAAUAA